AUGGCGCAGACGGGAGUGAACCCAAACGCAGCUGCAGCUGCAGACCUGCUGAGACAGGCAAUGGCCCAGAAGUACGUCCCGAUCUUUUCCUUUGAGCAAACAAGUUUCGUGUUGGGAAUGCGCUGUGUAUGGCUGGACGUUUGCAUGGCGGGGUUCAUCCUACCCCAGCCUCGGUUUUGA